UCUGCGAUCGAUCAAUUCAUCAAUCAAUCAGUGAAGCAAGAAAUGAGUCUCGCAAUCAAGCAGACGAGAACCAACUAAUCAACCCACCAAUUAACCGAUCAAUCAAUCAAUCAAUCGAAUAAGGAAAUAGAUACUGAGCAAUCGGUUUAGGAACGGACCAAGCAGCGAAUUGUCGGUCGCGAUGUCGACAGUUCCGCUGAUGGCAGGAGAUGCCACGUGGAAGCAGUCUGGACCUCCAUCUCCAACUACCUCAACGGCAUCUAGAACGGGGGCGAUGGGGGGAAGCUCCUGGACGAGGUGGGGGGUUGUCCGCUGGUUCCGGUCGCGUGUCAUCGAUCCCCUUGUCUCCAUCUUGAGUCGGGGAGCAGAGCCAAAGCAGAUUUCACUAUCCGCAGCGUUGGGAUUCACGAUGGGCAUUUUUCCGAUCUACGGUGCCACUGCUGUCCUUUGCGCUGGAUUGGCCCUCCUUUUGCAAUCCAGUUGUAAUCUGCCCACAAUGAUGUUGGCAAAUUUCAUCGCUACCCCUGUAGAGUUAAGCCUCGUGAUUCCAUUCAUGCGCUUUGGUGAAAAGUUGGUCGGAGCGGAGCCCUUGGAUAUUGCGCCGAAAGCCCUCUUUGAUGCCAUUACUGGUCAUGGGUCCUCCAAGCUGCUUCACGGAGUGCUUCAUGCGAUCCUAGGGUGGGCUGUUGCAUCUCCUUUCGUGGUAUGCAUUUUGUACUUGGUUUUUGUUCCGAUCUUCACACGCUUGAGCUGGCGCUUUUCAUCGGGGUUCGGGCGGCGAUCACCUCCGGCAACUCCUGUGGCGGUAAUGGCGGUGUCUUCGUCAGGAUCAUCACCUGCACGAACGACCUUGACGUCACAAACUCCUGUCUCUUAUGGACCACUUCAUGUCAGCAGAAGGGCGUAAUCACUGGGCUUAUGACAUUAGCGGAAUUUCAGCACUGUUAAUAUUAAGUUCCGGUAUGGUGGUGACAACUGUUUCCCACCGGCUUGUUAUUAAUGAACCAAAUGGAAGAAA